UCCUAUUUUUUACCGGCUGCCUCCUUCUCAUGUUUUUUUUCUUCCGCCGUUCUCCACUGUGCAUCGUAGAGGAAAAGAACGCACAUCGCCGUUCUCCUCUACGAUUCCCCAUCGUGAAUCAAAUCGGAAGAACCAGCAAUCGCAGGACCAAAUCGGAAGGACUAGGCGCACGAUCACAGUCUAUCUUUCCGCCGCUUAGGCGUAGACUACCGCGAGGGCCAAAUCGGAAGAACCAGCAUCAGAAAUCUCCUUCAAUUGAAGCUUUCUUCCCAUUUCACUGAAAUCUCAGUCGAUCGCACAGCAACGGCGGCCUCCUUCCCCUUGCACCGAAAUCUCGAACCUACGGUCCAGAAAUGACUGAUCCCACUAGACCUGAAUUUGACAUCUUGGACUCAGAAGGACUUGAGUACCACCGUUGGGUUUCUGACGUAGAAAUGGCUUUCGUGGCUAAAGACUUCUCUUCCACACUUAAAGACCCUAGUGAAUUGAAAGAUGCACCAUCUGAAAAAGUGAAAGCAAAUGCUUUAAUGUUCCUAAGGCGACACAUUGACCCAAGUUUACGUUGGGAAUAUCUUCAGUUGAAAACCCCCAAAGAACUGUGGGAUGCCCUUAAGGGACGUUUGGGAACAUUCAUGAUACUCUGCUUCUAGAACUGAAUGCGCAAUGGAAUGAAAUCCGUUUGCUAGACUAUAAACGGACAAAUGACUUUGUCAAAGAUAUGUUGCGUCUUAAGGCACGUCUCAUCUUUUGUGGUAAGCCAAUCACCGAAGAUGACACGAUUCAAAAGACUCUUGACACAUUUCCUACCUCAUCCAUGAUAGUGAACCAGUACAGGAUGGAGUAUGAAAACAAAAGAAUUACCACAUUCUACAAGUUGAUGAAUAUGUUGCAAUCAGCAGAAAAGCAUAAUGAAGUCCUUGUGAAUAACAAUGCUCGGCCUGUCGGGACAAAGAAAAUUCCUGAAGCCAAAUAUGGAAAAAUAAAACAUGGAAGGCAUCCUAAUGAAAAGGGACCUAGACGUGCUAAUCCUUACCCACGCGGAAAUAACUCUUAUCGUGGGAAGGGUCGUGGCGGUCAUGGUAGAGGUCGUGGAGUAUCUUCCAAUGUUUGGCGAAGAGAGUCAAAUGAUGGACCGAGUGGCCACACAAACAAGAAGUCAAAUGCAUCGAAGCCUCCUGUGAUAAAGAAUGAGCCAUGUUACCGAUGUGGAGUUAGCGGACACUGGUACAAGCAUUGCCGCGCUAUUAACAAAGUUGCAGUCUGCUACAAGAAAUAUCUCCAAUCUAGAGAGCAUGAAUCUCAAUAUUUGGACGAAGAAGGCAAUGACACAUAUGAGGUAACAAUAUUCAUGAACAUAGCGAUCGAAGUAAGGAUCGGUACUCUUUUCUUUGUUCAAGAUUUUUAUUCACAGGGUUUUGACACUUGACGAGAUUUUGACAAGAGAUCAAGAUUCUGCAAUUCUACCUACAACUCAGCACAAGGGGGAGUGUUGAAGGAUUUUUGUAAAUUAGUGUGCUGUUGUGUAGAUAGAAUUUACUUUAUAUUGUGUAAUAGAGUUGUAUUGGCCCGUGGGCCUUCUUUUGUAAAACCCUACGAAGCUCUUCCCUAUAUAAGAGAGCUAUUAUCAAUAAAGAAUAUACAUCUCC